AUGACCACCAAGCCUACGCCGACGCCGCCUCCGUUCGCCGACCUGCCCCUCGCGCGGCCUGGCCCGCCGUUCAACGCGUGGGGGCUGUACGGGGCCGACGACGAGCUCGGGCGGCUCAACCUUAUCACGCCGGAUGUCGUCGCUGCUGCGGGGAAGCUGGUGACGGAGGGGAUCGUGAUCAACCUCAACAUGCCGCUUGAUAUGGCGCCGACUAUCCCGACGCGUAAGGGCCUCGAGCGCGAUGUCAUUGCCAAAGGCUACGCCAACGACGACCACAUCUCGUUCAACACGCAGUGCUCGACCCAGUGGGACGGCUUCAAGCACUACCCGUACCAGAACUACCCGGAGCAGGGGCAGCAUGUACACUACAACGGCAUGACGUACGAGGAGUCCCGCAAGCCAGAGAACAAGCGGCUGGGCAUUGACAACUUCACCCGCAAGCCGAUCACGUCGCGCGCGCAUCUGCUCGAUAUCCCGAGGCAUGUGGCGGCGCACGGCGGUGGCACGCUGUCACACCUGGACAACAGCACGCCCAUUAGCGUUGCGACGCUCGAUGCCUGUGCCAAGGCCCAGGGCGUCGAGUUCCGCCCCGGCGACAUCCUGCUCGUCUACACCGGCUGGAACGAGACCUAUGCCGGCCUCAGCGACGAGGACAAGAAGGGCCUCGCGUUCCGCAAGGUCAACUCAUGCAUCGGCGUCCAGACGGGCGAGGAGGCCAUGCGCUGGCACUGGGAGAAGGGCUUUGCGGCAGUUGCAAGCGAUGCGAUGGCGUACGAAGCGUGGCCCCCGGUGUCGCGGCCGAGCCUGCACGAGGUCUUCCUCGGCGGCUGGGGCCUCCCGAUAGGCGAGACGUUUGACCUGCGCAACCUCGCAGCCGAGUGUGCGCGCCUGGGCAGGUGGACGUUCCUCUUCACCUCGGUGGCGCUGUACGUCCCUGGGGGGAUUGCGAGCCCGGCCAAUGCGCAGGCCGUGCUGUGA